CUCUACAGAAGUCGUCUCUAAGCGCACUCACGUCAAGCUGUAUCCAUGCUUCAUCCGGGACGUACUUGCAAGCGAUGUUUGUCUUGUGGCUAAGCCCAUGUGGAACGACCAAUUGCGUGCAGACGGCAAAUCCGUUUGCACUGUCACAAUAAAAUACAAGGACAUGAGGCCAGGGAAGCGGACGAGCAACUCCUCCCUUUUUUCAUUCCCUACCUCCUUCGCUCCCUGCACUCCUCCUCCUCCUCCUCGCCAUCAUGCCCGACUGGAACUCGCCGGCUGAGAUCGCUCUGGACUCCACUAUAUUCGUAAAGCUGAUGCACACCUUGCUCGGCCUCUACACCUGGGAGUGGUUCACCUCGCUUCCGUUCGACUGGGAGGUCCUCACCGGUCGGAAACGGUUCAGAUGGCCGCUGAUCUUCUACUUUGCCAACCGAUAUCUGCUACUUGCAGCCCUGAUCGGCAUCAUCAUCGCCUUCGACACCACAAAAGAAAUUAACUGCCAAGCACUCUUUACCUUCAACCAGGUCGCGGGAGAUGCAGCCGUCGGAUUGGCCAGCAUCAAUCUGUCGCUGCGCACGCUCGCAAUCUGGUCGCAGAACCGCUGGAUCAUGAUCCUCCUCGUCCUCAUUAUCCUGGGACACUGGAGUCUCAUCCUGCAGGGUGUCCUGCUCAACGCAGUCUGGGUGCCCUCGCUCAACACCUGCGCGAUCACCAAGACCAACAGCACCAUCCUCGCUGCCACAUUCACUUACUCGAUGGCGUUCGACCUCGUCGUCUUCCUGCUCAACGCGUACAAGCUGGGCAUCCGCCGCCAAGGGACGAGCCGGCUCACGAAGAUGAUCUUCAAGGACGGGCUCAUCUUCUUCUUCAUCGCCUUCCUCGCGAAUCUCGUCGCGACAGUCUUCAUGAUUCUGAACCUGAAUUCCAUCAUGAGUGUCGUCUUCAAUGUUCCCGCGGCCGUCGCCUCGACCAUCGUCGCCACCCGCGCUGUGCGGAGACUGACCAACUUUACGAACCAAGGACCUGAGAUGUACCAACCUUCCGGGUCGUCGAACUUCAGAAGUCACAGCGGCGCACGUGCUCUCACAUCCGCAGGUGGGAAAACGACGAACAACGGCAUCGGCGGCGUACAUGUGCAGGUGGGUGAUUCAACAAAGGGGUCCGGCGUCUUGAUCGAUCCCCGAGGCAGAUGGAGAUCAUCACUAGAGCAGAGGAGGGCAAUGUCAAAAAUCCCAAUGUGGAUUAUAUCCAGGAUAUGGGCCGUGAGACGGAGUACGAGCUCGAGGGCAAGGGCGCCGCCAUCUAGCAGACUUUCUUUCGUUGGUGUUACAAUAUGUACUUAGUAUUGGACUAGGCACGGAUGAAAAAACAACUUGUGCAAUAGA